AGUACUCCAUUUAGGCUGAUUGACCCUUCGCGGUCCUGGAGCCCAACUCGCGGCACCUCGCUGCCGCAGGCACUUCUUACUCAUAUAUAGAAGCUCUCUUGAUAGAGCGAAGGAAGCUUACACACUUUCUUUCAGCAUAGAACUCAAACUAUCAUCUCCUCUUCUUUUAAAAAGUUUUCUGCACUGCUCCACUUACAUAGAUUAAAUACGAAUACUCGUAAAUUGGAAAUGGUGGUUCGUGUCUUUGCCACUCGCGACGUGCCAGUGAUGGACAUCAUUGAACUGCAGGGCCGCAUCGUCAUCACACCCGAGGCCCUGGCGGAUGCUCGAGCGGCGAAGGCGACUCGCCGAGCUGUGCGGCGGCAAAGGAUCGCGGCAAAGACGAACGAGGUAAAGAUAAAAGGCCAACCGGAGGAACCCUGCUCAGCUGAGGCGCGGCCGGUUACACAAGGAGGCGGUGAGAGUCGUCGUGCGCAGGGGACUGACGGCAGUGGUAGUUGUGCUGAUGCGUCAUCAUCAUCAUCGACGGCGGUGGAGCCGCAGCCCACGCUCUCUUCGUUGACGUGGCCGCCGUUGCCGUCUUCCACCGACGCGUCUUCGGAGGACGAGGAACUCUGUGACCUAGAUGACGCGAAUCCAACCACGGCACCACCGAGGGGAACGAGGAGUAACGGUGUGCAGCGCACAUCUGCGGACGCUUCUUCCUCGGCGGUGGUGGAGGUGCCGCUCGGGCACGUGGAGCAGGACCACCUCAGCGAGAGGAGAUGCACACUCUGCAUUGACACACUGCGCGUCGACGGCAGCCGUGCCACCUACAAGUACCCGCUGCUCGUGCUGAAGGAGUGCAGCCCUGCGCGGAUGCGGCAGCUGCGCCGUCAGCUCGUGUCCCGCCACGCGGGGGGAAAACGGUGUGAAGGGGCGACGCCGUCUCCCGAUGUUGCGCAGGCGGCGGCGGCGAAGGAGGAGCUGUCACGGCCCUCUGCGCCGGCGCCGCUGGCAACAACGACGACGACUAUGCUGUUUUCGGAGUGGCUGCAAGCGCACCCACAUGCGCUGUCGCUGGAUGCGUUGUACUUGGACGACAUCAUCGCGGAGGCGUCAGCGGAGGACACCGUCGCGCAGAGCUCAUCGGAGCAUCGCGAGCUGACACGAAAGCGGCAGCGCGCAGGCGGGGAUGAUCCAGCGGCGGCGGAGGUGCAGAGAGGGGCGGGUUGUACGCCCGCUUCUGCCGCCUCCGCCCCCGCGCCUUCCGCAGCGUCAGUAUAUAAGAACUACGAAGUGGUGGGUGUGGUGCGCAGCUCGGUGCUCUUCAACGCGAAGCCUGCGCGUGUGUUUCAAUGA